UUUCUUUCAUUUCAGGACAAAGCUCUUCGAAAGUUCCUUCAGCAGCACGUAAUAACAGACAUAAAGAACAUAAAUUCAAAGGGAAAGAAUAUGAAGUUAAAUAGGGAACUGCAAAAUUUCAUGUAUGAGAUGUUAACAGCUAAACAUGCUGUUGCAUCCAAAACUGCAUUAGACAUUAUGAUUGACUUGUAUAACAAAAGAAUUUGGAAUGAUGCCAAGACUGUCAACAUUAUAACUGUAGGAUGUUUCUCUAAAGUAACCAAGAUAAUGGUUGCAGCCAUCAAGUUCUUUAUUGGGAAGGAUGAGGAAGAAAAAGAUAAUGACAACAGCGAUUCUGAAAGUGAAGAUGAGGAUUCCAACAAAACUCUCAAGACAACAAUGAUGGCUGUAAGAGUUAAUAAGAAAAGUAAGAAGAAUGCUAACAAAUUAGCUAAAGUUAAGAAUGUUGUAAAGAAAAAUAUGGGCAAAAAGAAAAAUAGAGAAGUAUUUGAUUUUUCUGCCCUGCAUCUGAUUCAUGAUCCACAGGAUUUAGCUGACAAACUUUAUAAGCGUCUAGAAAAAAUGAAUGAAAGGUUUGAGGUCAAGUUGUUGGUUAUGAACUUUAUUUCUCGCCUCAUUGGUAUUCAUCAGCUUUACCUUCCAAACUUUUAUCCACUUCUUCAGCGGUUCUUAUUCCCACAUCAGCAGGAGGUCACAAAAGUCAUGGUGUUUGCUGCUCAAGCUGCCCAUCCACUUGCAUCACCUGAUGACUUGGAACCACUUGUCCGAACACUUGCAAACAAUUUUGUAACUGAAAGAUAUUCAUAUGAAGUUAUGGCAAUGGGUCUCAAUGCAAUUAGGGAACUGUGUGCCAGGAAUCCACAUGGUAUGACAGAAGACUUAUUACAAGACUUGGCUCAAUACAAGUCAAGCAAAGAUAAAGGAGUUUCAACAGCAGCAAAAUCUCUUAUAGUUCUUUACAGGGAGGUAAAGCCUGAACUUUUGGCAAGGAAGGAUCGUGGUGCUCCAACAGAAUUAAGAACUGAAGAAGGGCAGCAGGAAUUUGGAGGGAACAUUGCAAAAGGUUAUAUACCAGGAGCAGAAGUUCUAACUUUCAAGACUCGCAAUGAUGAGAUGGAAUGUGAUGAAAGUGACGAUGAAGACGAAGAGGAAGAGGAAGAGGAAGAAGAGGUUGAGGGUGAAGAGGAUGAUGAUGAUGAAUGGGUUGAUAUGGAUGACUCCAAUUUGUCUGAAGGUGAUGAAAAAAUAUUUUCUAACAAAGAAGCAAUCAACCAGGUUAUGAAAUUAACAGCAAAGGAACGUGCAGAGAAAGCCGCAGAUAUUGCAAGUUCUAGAUUUCUCACAGAUCAAGAUUUUCAACGGAUUGCAGCAGUACAAGCAGCCAAACAAGUUGAAUUAUAUAGUGGGAGCAAAAAGAUAAAGAAUGUAAAAAGAAAGCUUGAAAAUAUUGAUAAGCCAAGCGAAGGAGAGAUUGUUCCCUUGAAAAGUAUUGAAAUGAUCUAUAAGAAGAGAAAACAUGACAAGGCUGCAAGAAUGGAGACUGUAUUGGCAGGCAGAGAAGGGAGAGAAAAGUUUGGAUCUCGAAAAGGCCAGUGGUUGAAUCCAGAUGCUUCAAAAACAAACAAAAUGAAAGCCAAAACUAAGAACUACAUGAUGGUUAAACACAAGGUAGCAUACAAGCAAAAGGCAUCUUUCAGAGACAAACAAAUGAAGCUUCGUAAUUCUUUGCUGAAGCAGAGAAAAAAUUACUAAGUAAAUGAAUGUUUCUCAGUAUAAGUUCUCUUAAAAUAUAUAUUUUGAACUUGUUUUCCAGCUAUUAGAAAAUCAGUAUUUAUUCAUCUUUGUUAUGAUAUUGCCCAUUCUAUAAAUGCAUUGUAUAGAUAUAUUUGUAAUUGUUAAUAUCUUGCUAUUAGAAUUCUAAUAUUAACUCAGCAUUCUUUUGAUAUCACUGGUUGAAAAGGAUACAAAUAUAUUUCUGUAUGUGAAUGACA